AUGUGUCUUUGUGAAAUUAAUCUUUUUGAUAUUGGAGUAGAAGAAUGUUAAAUUUUUGAUGAAGCUGUUCCUUCUGGAUUACUAAUUUAAGAAAACUUGAUGUAUGAAGAAUUUUGUAAAUUUGGGUAAUUUAAAGUUUUGAUUGAGAACAAUAGAUUCUUUUGUUUGGAUUGGUAAUAAUUAAAAAUAUUAUAGUCCAAAAUCGGUUAAUAACAAUCUUAAUUGUUUGGAUUGUUAUUUCAAUCCAGAAACAUGGUAUAAGUAACCAAAAUGUACUUCAGACUUUGUAAAAGUAAAGAAUGAUGAAAAUUAUGGUUAUUUGAUGUAAAUUAGAGAUGAGAUUGAAUUUGAGACUUUCUUAAUAAGCGAAUUAUUUUAGUUGAUGUCAACUCCUUAUUAUUAAUAAAUCUGUUCUGAUAAUUAACUUAAUUAGGAUGGAAAUAAUUGUAAAUUAAUGAAUUAAAAACACCUGGAAAAACAACUUUAUGCUGUUUGCAAAGAUUAUACAUAUUAUGAUUAGAAUUAAUGUAUAUAAUGUCCAUUGUUUUGUUCAAAAUGCAAUAAUAAUUAAUGCUUAAAUUGUGUUGAUCAUACUUAUUUAUAUAAUGGUUUAUGUUAUGAAUGUCCUAAAUAAUGUAAAGAAUGUUAAUACAACAUUUAGUCAAAUAUGGUGGAAUGCAAUUAAUGUUAUGAGUAAGAUUAAUUAAUAAUUAGAUAUUUUGGAUUAGUUUAAGGGAAAUGUAUAGAAUGUGGAUUAAAUUGUGUUUUUUGUAUGUUUUGGUCAUUUUUUGAUAGUUAUUAUGGAAUUUGGAUAGAAUUUUUAAGAUGUUUAUAAUGCAUUGAUAAUUCAAAAUAUCAUAUCUCAUCUAAUGGGCUUGAUUGUAAAGAGAAUUAACUUUAAAAUUGUUUACAUACAUAUUAAACAAAUGAUCUAUAUUAUUACUCUUCAUCUACUUAUGAUUAUAGAUUAAGAAAAUUCUAAAAUGCAAUAAAUGGAUGUGCCAGAUGUGAAGAUCAUUUUGAUGUUGACUAGAGCGGAAAUUGUGUUCCUUCAGAAAACUUAAUAGAAUCUUGUUUAUUUGUCUAUAGAUAUGGAAAUGAAGAAACUUAUUGUUUGAUAAGUGAUUAUUCAUGGAGUCAAUAAAAUAAUAAAUGUUUUGAGAUUAUAUCAAAUUGUUAGGAAUGCAUAUUAGAACAAUGGACAGAAAAGUUACUAUGUAUAUUAUGUCAACCUGGUUAUUAUGCUCAUAGAUUAUUUGGAUAUUGUAUCUAAUGUCCAUAAGAAUUAAAUUGCAGAGUAUGCUCUUAAUAAUAAACUCUAUUCUAAGAUGGUUGGGUAUAUAAAAUAAGAAGUUUUUACGAAGGUGUAAUGAAUGCUGUUUAUGUUGAAACAGAAAACACAAUACCAAAAACCUUUAGAACAGCUGGAUAAAGUUAGAAUAUUGCAGACUAUGAAGUUAUUUGUAAUAUAUGUUAAGAUGGAUUUUAACUCCAUAAUAAUAUUUGCAUUCUAAAUUGUCCUAAUGGUUGCCUAGAAUGUAAGAUUUAAAAUAAUCAAAACAUAUGUUUAAAAUGUUAAAAUGAUGAGUAUGGAAGAAUUUAAUCCUUAGUUGAUAAUAAAUGUUUAUCUUGCCCUUCAAAUUGUAAAUUAUGCACACCCAGAACUUUUGAUCAAAUAAAACAUCUUAAUCCUUAUUUUAAUGAUAAUAAAUAUUAAAAUUUUGCAAAUCGAUGUGUAAACAGUACUGGUUUGUCAACUUUUUCUUAUGAUCCAGAUUUUAAUUUUUUUAUUAAUUGUGAAUCCUAAUAACAUCUAUGUUAAAAUGUUUUAACCGUUUCUUUAUUAUUGUACUGCGACCAGGAGUAAUAUAACUAAAAUUUAAUUUCGUAAUCAGAUACUCAAUUAAAAAAACUUAGGUUCUUAAAAACAACUUUAUUUUUAGAUGAUCUUCUUAAUAAUUCAUUUUAAUAUUUUGAAAAUGAUUGGUUUUACUCUUUAUUAAAUAGAAAACAGAUAAGAAAAUUAACUAUUAAAAUUUUAACUUAAGAAUCAUAAGAUUGCUAUUUUAAAAAUAAAGUUUAAAUUGCUUAACUAUUUCGAUCACAUGUAUUUUCGCUAAAGUAAAUAUUUCAUGAUUUAAUAGUUCGGUUAAUCUUGAAUUUGUUGGAACUUAGAAUAACAAAUUUUAUAUAUUUGAUUCAGUUGAAUUCCAUAAUUUCACAAGUAUUUCUUUUGAAGCAAUCAACUUGGAUUUUAAGACUUCCUCUUUUAUUGAUUAAUAAACUGUUAAGUUUCAUAGUAUUUAAAAAUAAGAUAUUCAAUUUAAGAAUUUAAAAAUUCUGUAGGAGAAUGA